UCCGAAUAAAAAUUGAAGAAAGGAAGAGAGAAAAGAAAUUGACAAGAAAAGAAAAGAAAAAAAAGGUGACCGUAUUCUCUCUGUCGAUUCAAGCCGCCUGAAGAAAAAAUAUCUUCUUCUUUCUUCACCCCUUCUUGUUUAAGCACGAAUUUGCUUUGAUACUAGUGUUGUUUCCAGCCAUGGCGAAUGCGGCAUCUGGAAUGGCUGUGCAUGACGAUUGCAAGCUGAGAUUUAUGGAACUGAAGGCGAAAAGGACACACCGAUUCAUUGUUUACAAGAUCGAGGAGAAGCUGAAGCAAGUGGUUGUUGAGAAAGUCGGUGAGCCUAUCCAAACCUAUGAUGACUUUGCAGCCAGCCUCCCAGCUGAUGAAUGUCGUUACGCCAUUUACGAUUUCGACUUUGUCACUGCUGAGAAUUGCCAGAAGAGCAAGAUCUUCUUCAUCGCCUGGUGUCCUGACAUAGCCAAGGUCAGAAGCAAGAUGAUCUACGCGAGCUCGAAAGACAGGUUCAAGAGGGAACUAGAUGGAAUUCAAAUAGAGCUUCAGGCAGCUGAUCCAACCGAGAUGGAUCUCGAUGUUUUCAGAAGCCGUGCCAACUAAAAAAAGUAAACCCCAAAGUUUAUUAUUAUCCCCUUGAAAGAUCUAUAUUCUCUUAUUCUGUGUUGUUUCCGAGUGAUGUUACCCCCUUUUGCAUUAUACAUUUUUAACUGUGAAGAAGGUAUGAACCUAAACUUCCAUUUAAAUCGGUGUUGUUUUCGUCUUGUGUUCGAUGUUGUCUUUGGUUCAAAAUGGUGUGUGUGUAAGGACCCAAAUCUUCUAUUGAAGAUGAAACAUUGAAACCUUUUUGGUUAUCAUUUAUAAAAGAAAAUGUAUGAAACAACUGUC